AUGAUUACGGUGAAGGCGAAAAGACAGGGCCUGACGGUGUUUGCGAGCGUGCCGGCUGGGGCCGGGGUGGGGGAGCUGAAGCGGCGGCUGGCAGAGAUGCUGAACAGCACGGGCGGGCUGCUGCUGCACAGCGAGCCUGUCGGGCUGUCGCAGACAGACGUGGACGUGCCGGUGCCGUCGUUCGAGGAGGCCGGGGAGCCGGCGGAAGAGGGCAGAGAGAAAGUGACCGCGGAGGGGCUGCGCAUUGGCGUGCUGGAGGACGAGAUCCGCGAGACGGACGAGCUGGAGCUGCGGGACGGGCUCGCCGUGGCGUUUGCGUGGCGGGACGAGCCGUUCAGCGUGGCACAGCCGCAGGAGUGA